UUUUAGUUGAAAUUUGUUUGAUUUUUCACGAUUUCUUGAGUCGGGCCGAUACUACUGACUUGGAAAAGCAAAAAUACGCGAGCAUUUUUAGUUGCAAAUUUGUGGUCAUUGGUGGUGGCGGCGAAUAUAUAACGCGAAUUUUGUGUGUGUUUCACUCCUUCUUAUUUUGCUUUAUAUAGAGUGACGCGUUUUGUUCAAUAUUUCGUUGAGUUUAUUUUUUUCGCUCUCGUUAAUUUAAGACGACGACGACGUUUACGCGUAGAUGAAGACGACGACUAUUUAUAAAUAAAAUUUAUUAAAUUAAAUUAAAAAAAAAAUAAAAAAAUAUUAAAACCAAAAACCCAAAAAUAUUUCAAUAUAAUAAAAUAAAUAACAAAAAAAUAAAACAAUAAUUACAAUCCUGUAAUCUUAAAGAUAAUCAAUCAUAAAUUUAAAUCCCAGAGAGAGAGAAAUUUAUUCUGUUUCUUCAACCACAAACAACAACAACAACAACUUAAAAACUUAAUAAUUAAAAAAAAGAGAGAAAGAGAUAGAAGAGAGAACAAAGAAAGAAAAAAAUAUAAAAAAACGUCAUCGUUUAACAAUUUAAGGCUUCAUUCAAAUUUCAAUAGUCUACCUAACACCCUACGGAAUCAACAAGAAAAUCCUCCCAGGAAAUUUCCUCAUAAUCAACAACAUUCAAGCAAAAAAGUUUGAAACAAAACUAUUUUCCAUCAUAUAAUUAAAAUUAAUAUUUUAAACAUAAGCUUAAAAGUACAAACCACGGAUCAAUACCAAAGAUGGAGGCAAAAUUCUUGGCAGGCAUACUUUCAUUCCUCUCGAUAUUUUUAGCGAUUUAUGCUCAAUCAACCGGGGCAGAUUUUUUGGUGCCAAACUAUGAUAAUGUAGAACAUCAGCUAAUAUCCUAUGAAAUUCGGAGUCCAUUAGUACUAAGCUGUAAUAUCACAGAUCCCAGUGUAACCGAUUUAACAUGGGAAAAGAAUGGUACAGAUGUGAGAAAAGUUACAGAACUUGAAGGGCGCUUUCGCAUAAUAGCAGCCGAAAGAAAGUUUAUCAUUGAUAAAACAGACAUACAUGAUGAUGGUCUCUAUUCAUGUGUGGCCAAUGAACAAAAGAAACAUAUUAAUGUUGUUGCUAAUAUUCUUGUUAGAGUGCCUUCAAAUUCUGGGGUUGUUGAGGGUGAAAAAUUGACAAUUCAAUGUACAGUUGUUGGUACUGAUCCAAAAUUGUCAUGGGCUUUCCAUAAUUUAACCAUCAACAGUACCACAGAUCGUUAUAUUUUAAAACCCGAUGAAAAUAAUGUAGAAAAUGCUCUAUUAAUUAUUGAAAAUGUCUCCAUGAAUGAUAGAGGCGAAUUCAAGUGUAUUGGUCGUAAUGCUGCCACCGAAUAUCUUAAAAAAACAGAAGCUAGUGAUACAUCUUAUGUGCGUGUAAAAGGCAAAUUUGCCGCUUUGUGGCCUUUCUUGGGUAUCUGUGCUGAGGUUUUGAUACUGUGUACCAUUAUUUUGAUUUACGAGAAGAGACGUAACAAGAAUGAAUUGGACGAAAGUGACAUAGAUAACCAGGAGUAAGUUUCUAAAUACAACUUCCUAAACGUUCUUCCUUUACUUCACAUACACAAAACACAAACAAACAAACACAACCGUUCAGAUAAAGUCCACAGCAAAUCGACAUGUUGCAACAUGUUUUCAUUUGUUUUGUUUUUGUUAAUGGAAAAACAAGACAAAACAAAACAGAAAACAAAAAUAUGUACAUGUUUCUUCCGUUUUGAUUUUCUUUUGAUUUUUUUUUUCUUCUCUGCUAUUAAACUAAAAAUUUAAAAUUAAACAAUAAUAACAAUAUAAGUAUGUAGUUUAAACCACCACCAACAAAACAAUAAUUGACUUUUUUAAGUUUUAAAUGCAGACCGAUAGACAGACAGACAAUACACUUAAAACACACACGUUUUAAAUUAAACGUUAAAAAAAUUCAACAUUUUUCGUUUUAAAUGCUUUCUUUUUUCAAAGAAAAAUAUAUAUAAAAAAAAAUAAAAUAUAUAAAAACAAAACUAGCCAAAUUUUAGUUUAAAUAAUUGUUUAUAACUUGCUUCAUUACUCUUAAAUAAUUAAAAAUAAUUUGUGUAUUUCGUUUUCUCGUAAAUUUAUUUUAUUUUUUCUUUUAAAAGCUUUUUUUGAAAACUUAUUUUUUUUCCGUUUCCGUUUUCAUGCAAAUUCUUACAAAAACAAAACAAAUAUAAAAAAACAAAGUUUUUAGUGCAAAAGUACAUUAAUUUACACCGUGUUAAUUAUUUACCAUAUUUACACACUCAAUACAAAAAAACAAAAACAAAAUAUAUUUAUAUGAUUAUUAUUAUUUUUUAUGAUUAUUAUUACAUUUAAUUAUUAUUUUUGCUAGUUUGUUUUUGUUCUUAAUAUAUAUUUUUUUUAUUUUUAAAAUAAUCCAUAAAAAGUAUUUUGCUUAAGUUUAAAAUAAAAAUCAAGGAAAAAUAAACAAUAAAUAAUUAUUAAAUAAUUCUGUAAAAAAAAACAACAAAACAAAAAUGCUCCAUUUAUAUAAAUAAUUUUGAUUUUUUUUUGUAAACUUUAAAAUUCAGUUAUUUAUUAGUUUCUUUUGUUUUACUAUUUUUUUGUCAUUAUUUUUAAAAUAAUUUCUUAAUUAUUAUGUAUUUAAAAUAAAAACAACAAAAUUUGAAAAGUGUGCUUAAUAUUAAAACAAAUACAAAUAAUUAACUUAGUCUUUUUAUUUUAUUUUUUUUUUAAAUAAAUUUCUUUAGUUUCAGCCAUAUUUCAGUUUCAAAUGUAAUUGUUAAUUAAAUAAUGCUAAAGUAUAAGAGAAAAAUGUUAUUUAAGUACUUAUUUUGCUUAAUAUACAAUAAUUUUGUUUUCACUUUUUAUUAUUAUUAAUCUUAUUACAUAUAUUUUAUUUUUCUCUUUUGUAUGUUUAGUUUUAUACCAUUUAUAAUUUCUAUACCUUUUGUUAACAUUUCAAUUCUUUCUUUAUUUUUGUGUCUUUUAUUAAGUUUAAUUAAAAACAAAGUUUGUAUGAUUUAUUAUUAUUAUUAUUACUUUAUUUUUCUUUUCUUUAUUAUUAACAAAACAAAAGAAGCCUUUAAAAACAAACAAAAAAAUAAUAAAAAAAAAUUUUAAAAAAAAAUAUAUAA